AUGUCGCAGGCAAACUGUAAGCACAUCUUGGAACAUGAAGACAACGUUUGGAAGUGUUGCUAUAACAACAGUGGGACAAAGCUGUGCAGCGUCACCAGCUCGGGAUUAUUGUAUAUUUGGAGCGUCCGUGUGAAAACCCCAUCCCAUUCCAUCGUUGAGGCGCACGCGUCAAAAUGUAUUCAGGGUCUGGACGUGUCUCGACACUUGGACGUCAUCGCCACGGCCGCAACAGACCAACUAGUCAAGAUAUUCAAUUUCGAUGGCCGACAACUUCUGGAAUUCAAGGGACAUGGGAACGUGAUAGAGCACGUUGCCUUCUCUAACACAAGACUCAACUGGAUCGCGAGUUGUUCCAAAGACAGAACCGUCAAACUGUGGAACGUUGGGGACCAGUUGCGCCGCGUUAACGUGCGCAGGGAUCACAGAUCUAGGAUUCCUAUAAAGAAAAACCUCUUUGGCGUAGUUGAGAAAUACUUUCCCCCUCCAUUGCGUACUCUUCGAGGUCAUAAUCACUGGGUAUUCCACUGUGUCUUCUCACCGGACGACACCCUUCUAGCGUCCGCCUCCAGCGACCAGGAGGUGAGACUCUGGGACCCUCGUGAAGGGGAUCUCCUCUGGGUACUCACUGGGCACACGGGAAUCGUAUGGUCCUGCAGCUUCCUCAGCCGCCACGCCCCCAUCAUCGAUGUCGUCGAUUCAGACUCUCCGACCAACGACAGAGCACUGGUCAUAAAUGCUUCCUACGAGCCUUCUGAGCAGGACGUUGCCUUGGUAACUUGUUCUAGCGAUCGCAGACUUAGGUUUUGGAGCUUGUGCACUGGUCAGAUUCUUAGUGAAGUGAAGGAUCCUACUAGAGAAUUCGACGGCAGAGGGCAGCUCCUGACACUGGCUGUCAAUAAAGAUGCUUCUUACGUUGCAGUUGGAUCAUUUGGCGGGAACGUCACCGUCUUGGAAACGUCAAAUUUUGUAACACUGAGAGCGUCUUAG